CGCCACAUGGACCCGGCCAGCCCGAGCGCGCUCCGCCACUGACUGCCCGCCGCCCGCCAGCACCCCGGCCCGGGGAAGGCAGAGAACUCCUGGCCACACUUGCAUGUGAGUUCCGACCCUUGGAGGAGCCACUGAGGAAUCAAAGCCAUCGUCAUGGAGUUCGUGAUGAAACAGGCCCUGGGAGGGGCCACAAAGGACAUGGGGAAGAUGCUUGGAGGCGAUGAGGAGAAGGACCCAGACGCAGCCAAGAAGGAGGAGGAGCGCCAGGAGGCCCUGCGCCAGGAGGAGGAGGAGCGCAAGGCCAAGUAUGCCAAGAUGGAGGCCGAGCGUGAGGCCAUGCGCCAGGGCAUCCGAGACAAGUACGGUAUCAAGAAGAAGGAGGAGCGCGAGGCGGAGGCCCAGGCCGCCAUGGAGGCCAAUUCAGAGGGUAGCCUGACAAGGCCCAAGAAGGCCAUCCCCCCGGGCUGUGGGGACGAGCCAGAGGAGGAGGACGAGAGCAUCCUGGACACGGUUAUCAAGUACCUGCCCGGGCCACUGCAGGACAUGUUCAAGAAGUAGCGACCCUGCGCUGGACGGCAGCCUGCCCGCGCCCGGAGCCCCCAACCCCAUCGCCCCGACCUCCCACUUAGCCCCUGCCCGUGCCCUCCGGAGGCCCCUGAAGGGAUGUCGGGAGCAGAGUGCAGCCCCCCAACGCCAAUAUAAGCCAUAGUCCUAGAUUUGUCAGCCCCUAUCCCCCUCACACCUCGGGAGCCUACGCGCCUCUCACUCCCACCCUCUCCCAGCACCGCCAUCACCACCGCCCCCGGGGGGAGGGCCGACUGCCCCUCCCCUGGACCCCUGCGGUCUGUGCUGCAGGGGCCACACCCCCCUGCCCCCGGGACCAGCCCACGUGCUCCUCUGGGUUGGACCCUCCCCCAGAGCCUGUGAAGUCCCUUACUGCUCCCGCCCUUCACAUCCACCUCGCAGUGCCCAAGGCCAGGGCCACCGAAAGGGCCAGCAUCUCGACCAACCCUGGGUGCGCAGUCCAUGCGUUGGUGGGCGCUUGUCCGGUCCCAAACUCAGGAGCACAGCCAUAGUGGGGGGAAGGCGGGCGUGCAGGCUGGGAGAGGAGCUGGGAGGGGCGAGCAGCCUCACACUUGGGACAGGGGUGGGAAGACCCCCAUCCCUGCGGUUACACCUGGGCUGCAGGAUCUCUAAUCUUCCUGCUGAAGGUUGCCCACCUCCACCGGCCCCCCUUCACAUUCAUUGUCCAUCUGUCUCUCCCUGUCCUUCACUCUCCCUUCUCGGCCCCUCCUCUGGAAGGCUUUGCUUCUUAGAAAUACCAGGACACGAUUCUCUUCUAAACUGAGGGAAACAAAGCAAUAGGCCUAGGGGGAAAUUUCUCAGACCCACCCCCCACCUGCCCUCCCCGCCCAGUGCGGAAUACACGCUGACCCUCACACACCCCUGUAACUCUGCCCCGGAGUUCGGAGUCCGAGGGCCCGGCCACCCGCCUCCCUGGCUGCCCCCUCUGAUCUAACCCCUGGAGGCUGCUCUGAAUGGGGGGAAUCCCCUGCCGCCUCCCUCUGCACCCCGCCGUCCUCCCCCACCCCCCGCGCUGGGAGGAGACGCAGAGCCCUCGCAGGAGUGCGUGCAUCUGGAGAGGAGUGUGGAGACAAAGGCCGCCCCUGGCCUCUUCCGCAGGGUGCAGGCCCCCCGAGGUGGGGCCUGCCAGGAGGCCUUACGAUCGGUGGAGGCGGAGUCUGACGGGUACCACCGAGGGCCUCCCGAACCUUCCUUGUUCCUUCAUCCUUGUUUUCCUUUGCAUCACGAUCUGUUGAAUCUCAGGUAAAUGAGGUCUUACGUGUUUGGGGAGUUUCAUCGUGACAGAGCCCGUUGCCUCGGUGCUCGGGCCCCUUCCUGUCCCGAUCACUAAUUCAUGGUGUCCACGUGUUGCGGGCCCGGGGCACGGCCCCCGUCGCUCUUUAGAGAAGCCAUAUCAAUAGACCGCAAUACUAACCGCGCGCCCCUGCUCUGCGACGGGAGAGCGUGUGCCCGCGCCCCCGCGCCGCCCCGCUGCGCCCCCGCGCCUCCGGCGUCCUCCUUGACUCCUCCUGGUCCCACGUCUUUUUUAAAUGCCUGUUUUCACACUUGGAAAAGCCAGCUCUGAGCAGACAGGGCGUUGUCUCGUAGAAACCCCGCAUCCCGUUCCCAGCGCAUGGGGCGCCCGGAGCAGCUGAGCUUAGCGUAGACUGUGGGUGUCGUCCGUUCUUCUGUCUUUGCGCCUGCGCCUCCUCCUGCAUGUCGGGGGCCGUCGCGUGUGUAGUCUCUGGAUGGAAUCACAGCCAAUAAAACACCACAGUGAUUUCA